CCUGGAGGACGAUGAGUGGAUCAUCAUGUAACUUUACCAUCUACUCCUCCUAUAAAGCUGUGUGUUGGUGUGAGUCCGGGUCAGGUGAAUUCAGCAAUGCGGUCAACAUCACUGGACAUAAUGGAGAUGUUCUCCUGGUGAGCCCCGUCCAUCCUGUGACUGAGGGAGCUUCUGUUACUCUGAGCUGCAGACUCAGAGGACAAAAUACACUUUCCAAUGUGUUUUUCUAUCACAAUGACAAACUGGUACAAAAUGACAGCAGAGGGGAGCUGAAGAUCUCUGCAGUGUCUCAGUCAGACGAAGGCUUCUACAAGUGUGAACAUUCAGGAAAAGCUUCACCACAGAGCUGGAUGGCAGUAAAAGCUUCAUCCAGAUUUGAAAGCUCUAAGUUUCCUGUGCUAUUCGUUAUUAGAUCAAUCAUUGGAGUUGGAGUUAUUUUUAUCCUUUUAUUCUUGCUGUUUGGAUUCAGAAAAUUCCAAGGUUGUGGCACAGAGCAGACGGUCAGCAAGGAUGAGCCUCAGUAGCAUGUGCACCCCUCUCUCCUCCAUGGAAAGUCUAUUUCUUUACUGUAAAUAAUAAUGUUUUAAUUAGUAGUAGUAGUUCUCCAGUACUGCUUUUUUUUCUGAAAACAGAAGUUUUAAUGAAAAAGCAAAAGCAUAUUUCAUAAAAAGGUUACUGGAUGAACUUGGAGUUCGAAUCCGUUUGCGGUGAUAUAUUUAACUGGGUAUUUUAUACCCUAUCCGUAGGUGACCUUAAACAUUAUCAAAAAAUUACAGGGCCUAAAGUGAAUGGAAAUAAUACAGUGUGAAUUUGAUCUAGGUAUACAACAACUUCAUUAUCAAAAAGCCAGAUAAACUUGGGGAUUAUAAAAAUGUGAGGGACGUCAAUAAUGUAUUGUUUCAGUUCAUUCAGUAAUGUUACAUCUCCAGUUAAG